AGCAGUCAGACAGAAGCAGCUGCGCUCCGGUUGGAGCGGGUAGGCUGAACGAGUCGAGCUCAGAUGUAGUCGUUUGUCAUUUCAGGAGCCAGAAUGGCGAAUGACAAGGAUCCCCUGAAUAAGCUGAAGGAUCUCGCAGAUCUCAAAGACCAGCUUGAGGAUAUCCAGAAAAGAGUGGAGAGUGAAGUGCAGGCUGGGGUUCCUCAGGGUGGCUCACUCUUAGCCUCUCCAUUCCUGAAGGGAUUCCUAGCAGGAUAUGUGGUGUCCAAACUUCGCGCCUCUGCUAUUUUGGGGGUUGCAUUGGGAACCCUCACAGGCAUCUAUGCUGCACAGGCCUAUCAAGUGCCCAACAUUGAGAAAACUGUGAAGGACUAUCUGAACUCUUUAAAGAAAGGACCUGGUAAUUAACACUGUGGAAAAGAAGCCACCUUACAGCUGCCUGAAUAGAAUCACAGCGAAGAAAAAAAAAAACAGACUUUUAAAGCAGUUUAAUCACCUGCUCUCUGACUGAACCACCUGAUAAACUGGAUGAGGAGUGAAUGGUAAUGUGUAGGAGAAAAGUUAGGUGUUUUGGAAAUGACUGAGAAACAAAGACUGACAAUAAAUUAAAAUAAGUUAUAAGAGGUACGAGCUUUAUAAAUGUAGGAGCAUUUAGUUCAGAUCAUCUCCUGACGCUGAUAGCCUUUUCUUUUAGUUAUCAUAUAUAAUAUUGAGACAGCAAAGAUUAGUAUUUGAGGGGGUUGUUUUUUAUUGUUUUUGUCUGUUUUGUCUGUUGGUUAGUUAUGUAACACAAUGACUGAAUUAUCUGUCUGCAUGCCUUAAACAUAUUGCUAUUUUGUUUUUUUUGUUUGUUUUUUUGCUUUCUAUUUAUAUCUAAUAAUAUCAUUGUAUGAAGUAUGAUUCAUAAAUGGCAGUUGUGAUCAAUUGAUCAAUUGAUGAUGAUGAUGAUGAUGAUGAUGAUGAUAGACAAGUAUAAAAUGUUUAAAAUCAAGGUGAUAUAAGAGUUUAGAAUUUUACACUGGAUGGAUCUUUAAACAAUCUUUCUUAACAUCA